AUGCCAGUCGCAUCACUCUACCUGCUUGCACUCAAUACCGACACAAGCACCUUUCUCAACUCUCUCCGCUCCUCUCGUACCGUGAUCGUAAGCUCUAGACCGCGACAUGCCGUGAUUCGUCCCACAGUCCUCGACCAGGACAUUCUAACCAAGACGCCUUGGGAUCUUCUCGUUCUUAUCCAACCGCCUUCGGAUUCACCUCCGAUCCCCUCUACUCUUCAAUCUCAAAUCAAGACCCAGUACCAUGUAACAGUGGGAAUACCUUCCAAACUACUCGCCACCUACGCCUCACGAGACGAGUCCCUUAAGCGCACUGCUUCAUCCGUCCCAUUGACUGGAUCCUUAGACCAGGCACGCAGCAAACCGACCUCUCAGAGCUUGGAGCUCUCACCCGAUCUCCUUAACUUUAUGGAUAAGCUUACACCUCAGCAUUCGGGGCCUGUAACGAUGCUCAAUUUGCUACAUUUCAACUACCCAAAUGGGAAGAAGAGCUACCACCAGUAUGGGCAGUCUUUCAUUCCUGUGGCUGGAAAGAGAGGCGGAGAUGCAAAGAUAGUGGGUAAUGUGGUAAAGCCGAAGUCUGGAACUGCAGAUGCUGUGGACUCGAGAGGAGUCUGGGAUAGAAAGGAGGAGGAUUGGUGGAAUGAGAUAUCCAUCGUGCAUUAUCCUUCUAUCCGCCACUUUUGUGAUAUGCUUGCUGGAGAGGACUACCAGGAGAUCAACGAAAAGUAUAGAUUGUCGGCUUUGAAGGACACCUUCUUACUUUGCACAACUGAGUUUGACGUGGAAGGAGCAUCUCCAAAACUCUAA